GAUUAUGAAAAUCACUAAGCAGUAGUUCGGUGACAAUUUCACGUGUUACGUGUACAAAAAUUGUGCGGAUAACAAAUUCGUGAUAUGAUGUGCAGGUAACACCGACGCGUUAGUGCAACAUGCGAUGGUGAAGCAGGCAAGGAUAAGAGGCGGCGGAAUUAUAGCUGCGUGGUCUCGGUGUGAAGGAAGGAAUUCAGACGGAGGAAAGCCGAUCGGCGCCAAUGGCCUACGAAGCGUUAUGGCAUGAGUACAUGCAGAUGCCUGUGGUGACGCGGGCUUAUACCACAGCCUGUGUCAUCACAACUCUCGCCGUGCAAUUGGACCUGGUAUCUCCGUUUCAGCUAUAUUUUAAUCCAAUCCUUAUAAUUGAGCAAUACCAGAUAUGGCGGUUGAUAACAACAUUCCUAUUCUUUGGAAAUAUAGGUUUCAACCUACUCUUCAAUAUGAUCUUCACAUAUCGGUAUUGUCGUAUGUUAGAAGAAGGAUCCUUUCGCAGGAGAACAGCUGAUUUUGUAAUGAUGUUCAUUUUUGGUGGAAUAUGCAUGAUUACUUUUGCAUUUUUUGUCAAUUUGCUGUUCCUAGGACAUGCAUUCACAAUAAUGUUGGUGUAUGUCUGGUCACGACGAAAUCCUUUCGUCAGGAUGAAUUUUUUUGGACUGUUAAACUUCCAGGCUCCGUAUCUACCGUGGGUGCUGCUAGGCUUCUCGGUAUUACUUGGUAAUACGAUAUGGGUCGAUCUAGUUGGAAUGGCAGUAGGACAUACAUAUUAUUUCGCGGAGGACGUAUUCCCCCGAUUAAGAGGAGGUUUUCGAAUCUUGAAAACCCCGCAAAUACUUAAGACUUUAUUCGACGCACAUCCGGAAGAUCCAGAUUAUAUGCCGCCGCCGGAAGAUCGGCCAGGUGGCUUCAAUUGGGGACAGGCUAACGUGCAGUGAUCGAAAUUCCAUAGCUCACUUUCUGAUGUUAUUUAUGACAUCACCCAAAAAUAUUACGGCAGGCUGCGGCUCUGUUGCUGUUCUUGCUUGCUUUGGAAUUAUUGAUAACAAGCGUUCGGAUUUGCACCCAAAGAUGCGUAAUAUGAAGAGUAAUAUAUAUAUAUAUAUAUGUAUAUAUAUAUAUAUACAUACACACACACACACACACACACACACACACACACACAUAUAUAUAUAUAUAUAGACUGUAUAAACGAUUGAAUGAUUUCUUUCAAAUGAGAAUUUCCCAAUAAAUUUGUGGAGUUGGCGCUUCUUCAGCAAAAAUUCGUCGCAAGGAUUCGUCCAAUUACAAAUUUCAUUCAAGAUUGGAGACCGACGAUAGUUUGCACUCAAAUAAUUAUCGAGCAAAAAGUGUCUCAAGAGAAAAAAAAUUAUAGUUCAGAGAAAGCAAUUCUUUUUAGAUACUUUGUACGCAGACGAGAAAGCUGGGGAGAUGUGUGUACUGGCCGCUUAUCGUAUAAUUAGCCAUUAUUGAAUUUCGUCGAUGUCGAUUUAUAUACAUACACGUUCUUAGCUAUUCGUUUCUGCGUACGAAAUCCAGAUUCCACUAAUUAAUCUUUUGAUAAUCAAGUGUCACGCUUUUAUUAUUAUGCUGCGAAGAAGAAUAAUGGUUUGGACUUGUUCAAAGUGUGUGUGCGGCGCUCAUAUAAGGCGCUGCCGAGUUAUUUCUGUUUCUAAUCAAAAAUUUUUUUUUUCUCUCUUCGAUACAUCUGGUGUGGUGUUUAACUGUGUAAAGAUUAAUAUUUAUAACUUUGGUUUAUUAUUAUUAAGUUGUUGCGUGCAGGAUGUUCUCUGUACAUAACUUCACACCAUGUAUAGUAGUUCAUUUUAUUCUGAUAUAUUGUAAUGGUUUUAAUGCCGAAUGUUAAAAUGUUCGUAGAUUGUCUGGAUUUCGUAAUUUAAUUUUGCAAUUCAAUGGAAAUGAUGAUUUUACGCACGCGAGUACUAUCAAAUUGGCAUUCCGAUGAUUAAGCCAGUUAAUUGUCUCUGUCGCGUAUAUGCACUCCCAAUUCCGCGGCAAACAAGGAUUGUAAUAUUUGCAAAUUUGUUAGAUUUAUUAUUUAUUGAAGGCAACUUGAUUUUUGUAAAAGUGAUCGAUGGUGACAUUUGUGAUACAUUCACCGUGCUCAUAAUUCUUGCAUUAAACAUUGAAGAGAAGGAAAGAAAGAGAACAAAAAAAGAAAAUGCCAUUACAUGGGAGACUAUUUUAGUGUGUAUUAAAGCAUUUAAUUAUAUUUAUUGCGGUAGCAAAAUGUAUAAUCUAGGCAACAUCUACAGAGUACAAAUCGUUAAAUAUAAACUAAAGGAAUAACACA